AUGGCUGUCAAUGCCGCUGUCACUAAUAAUGCUAGCAGCAGUACUCAAGAGGACAUGCCGGAUUAUUCAGGUCGACCUAUUUCUUCAAAGCCCACUUCUGUGACUUCUAUGUACGACUAUCCAAUCCAACACCAAGACUCGACCUCUAUCUUGUCCAUGUCAGCCUCAGCAGACAGCAAUCAGCAUGCACUCUUACCUCUAUCCAGGAACCUUUCAUCACAAGCAGAGUCUUUGAAUGCAAUUCCUCUCCAAAACUCCAUUAAUAAUUCAGUAAAUCGUUCAACUCUACACUCAUCUUCAUGGGAAAUCUCUUCAAGCCAGUUGAAUGCAUCAGCUCCAACAAACCCUGACUCAACCCCCGCUAUCCAUGGAUUGUUGCUUCCAUAUCUAACAUGGAUCCUGAAUGCAUCACAUGGAGUUUUUUCUUCAUUGCCAUUCACUACAAAUCAGAGCAGCAAUCAUACCAGAAACGAAGAGAUGUUGGAUGGCAUUUCAACAGAACAAACACCGCUUCUAGCUGGGGAUAGCAUUCUCUCGUUGAUAGACGACAGAUACCCUGAUGAUCCUCCUCCAUACUAUAAUUCAGAUGCAGAAAGUAAUACAGAUGAGCUGCCCACUUAUUCUCAAGUUCAGGCCACAUCAUCCUCACAAGCCAACGACUCGGAUGAGGAUUGGUUAGAUCAAUGCAGCAACUGUAUGAUGCCAGUGUUUUUCUUUUUACUAUUAAUUGGCGCGGCCUUUCUUACCGUUUUACCGUUGACCUGGGAAGAUCCUCCCAUGCACACACCGACACUCCCAAAACAGCCCAUACCAACCCUAUCUUCGUUAGACUUUCCACCAAUCAGACCCACAACGAUAAAAGUCGCGCCAUCUGAAACUCAAUUGUCACAUCUUACUGAUAUACCAUUGACAAGCCAAGCUUCAAUCUCUAAAUACGAUUCACAAGCCAAAAAGCUACAACGACAGAUGGCUCUUUCACCUGCUUUGGGUGGACAGGUGGAAACAGCAGACAUACGGUCUGCUGCUCGCCAGAUUGCCUCACGAAACAGUAGUGGGAAAAAAACUUGA